AUGAUGUUUUCUACCACCAAAAGCACCAGUGCUCUCCUUUCCAAGAGGGUGUUGCGCUUGUACUCAUCCGUUUCGAACUCUCUUUUCAAAGAUGUGACGCUUCCUACUGGGAGGGUGUACAAGCAGCCAACAGGACUGUUCAUCAACGGUCAAUUCGUGCCAUCUCAAACAGGUAAGACUUUUGAGGUCAUCGACCCCUCCACUGAGAAAAAAAUUGUGGAUGUCAGUAAAGCAGGUGUCGAGGACGUGGACACUGCCGUUAAACACGCUAAGGCCGCUUUUGAAAAAUGGUCCCAAGAGGACCCAGAGACUCGCGCAAGAGCUCUGUUCAAACUGGCUGACUUGGUAGAGGAGAAUGCGGAACUGCUAUCAGAAAUUGAGACUAUGGACAAUGGUAAAUCUCUAAUGUGUGCCCGAGGUGAUGUGGCCCUCGUUUCCAAAUACCUGAGAUCGUGCGGUGGAUGGGCCGAUAAGCUAUUCGGGAAAGUCAUUGACACGGGUAAGGACCAUUUCGCUUACUCCAGAAGAGAACCACUCGGCGUCUGUGGCCAAAUCAUCCCAUGGAAUUUUCCUCUACUAAUGUGGUCUUGGAAAAUUGGGCCUGCUUUAGCCACUGGGAAUGCCGUAGUCUUGAAGCCCGCUGAAACGACUCCAUUAUCUGCGUUGUUUGCAUCCAGCUUAUGUGCCAAGGCCGGUAUCCCAGCAGGUGUUGUCAACAUCGUGCCAGGUUCGGGCAGAGUUAUCGGUGAGAGAUUGUGUACUCACCCUGACAUCAAGAAAAUUGCAUUCACAGGGUCGACCGCUACCGGUCGCACGAUCAUGAAGAAUGCUGCCGACACUAUCAAGAAAGUUACUCUAGAACUGGGUGGAAAAUCUCCAAAUAUCGUCUUUGCCGAUGCCAAUAUCGAUAAAGCUGUCAAAGAUAUUGCUUAUGGAAUCUUCUACAACUCUGGUGAAGUCUGUUGUGCAGGCUCCAGAGUCUACGUCCAGGAUUCUGUCUACGAAGAAGUGUUGGCAAAAUUCAAGGAAUACACAGAAACUUUGAAAGUCGGCGAUCCAUUUGACCAAAACAACUUCCAAGGUGCUCAAACUUCUAAGGCACAAUUGGACAAGAUCCUGAAGUUCGUUGACAUAGGUACCAAGGAAGGUGGCCGUGUCGUAACAGGUGGUACCAGAGUUGGGGACAAGGGAUAUUUCAUUAGACCCACUAUUUUCGCCGACGUCAAGGAGGAUAUGUCCAUUGUGAAAGAUGAAAUCUUCGGACCAGUUGUUACUGUCUCGAAAUUCUCCACUGUUGACGAGGUAAUUAAGCUGGCUAACAACUCGCAGUACGGGUUAGCCGCCGGUAUCCAUACCAAGGAUAUCAGCAAGGCAAUUGAAGUUUCCAACCGUGUCAAGUCAGGUACCAUUUGGAUUAACACCUACAAUGCAUUCCACCAAAGUGUUCCAUUUGGUGGGUUUGGUCAAUCCGGUAUUGGUCGUGAGAUGGGUGAAGCCGCUUUGGAUAACUACACUCAGGUGAAAUCGGUUAGAAUGGCUAUCGACAGAUCCAACCUUUGA